AUGGUUAAAUUCUUGAAGCCUGGAAAAGUAGCUAUAAUUCUUUCGGGUCCGUUCGCUGGUAAAAAAGUGGUGAUCGUGAAAAAUGUUGACGACGGUACUAAAGAACGCCAAUAUGCUCAUGCCAUCGUUGCUGGGAUCGAAAGAUAUCCACUAAAAGUUACCAAAAGAAUGAGCCAAAAACGUGUCGUUAAAAGAUCUCGAAUCAAGCCUUUCAUUAAGGUCAUAAAUUAUAAACACCUAAUGCCUACCCGUUACACCUUCGAAUUGGAAGAUAUCAAACAGAUCGUUAACCAAGAGUGUUUUAAAGAACCUUCUCAACGUGUUACAGCUAAGAAAGCGGUAAAGAAGGCAUUACAAGAUAGAUAUAAGGCUGGAAAGAAUGCAUGGUUCUUUGCUAAACUUAGAUUCUAA